UCAGCCAAUGGGAAUGUGACUGGCGUGAGAACCAGCCAAUGAAAAUCUGGAGGAGGCGUGGCCCCAGGCGUCCCACGAGGUGAAGAUGCUGCGAGCGGAACCUGCCGGAGCAAGCGGGAUUCGGGGGUGCUAAAGUCGCAGGGGCCGGGCGGGAAGGAAGAUCCGGAGUGGGGAGCUGGAUCCGGAGCUGGAGCCCCCAGAAUUUUCUGCCUGUGAAAAUCUAAGCAGGUCGACUCCAUGUAUCCAGAAUCGACAACAGGCUCCCCAGCACGGCUCUCCCAGCGGCAGACGGGCUCCCCCGGGAUGCUAUACAGUACUCGGUAUGGGAGUCCCAAAAGACAGCUCCAGUUUUACAGCGGCAGCUCUGGGGGCAGGCAGCACCAUGCUGUCCAUGACCUACAGCGAGAGCCUGCGGAGCGUGAGCAGCAGGUGCCACUCUGACUGGGCCCUGCACCCCGUCCGCCAGACGGACACGCUGGAACUGCAGAGGCUGCGGGAGGUGCGGGCGGCCGCCCAGGCCAGGAACAUGGAGAGCUUCCUCCGCAUGCACGGCCUCUCCCUGGACGGCUGCACCGCACAGCGCACAGGCAUGAAAUAUCGGAACCUGGGCAAGUCCGGCCUGCGGGUCUCCUGCCUGGGGCUUGGAACAUGGGUGACCUUUGGAGGCCAGAUCACCGAUGAGAUGGCAGAGCAGCUGAUGACCUUGGCCUACGACAACGGCAUCAACCUCUUUGAUACUGCAGAGGUCUAUGCAGCUGGCAAGGCCGAAGUGGUUUUAGGGAACGUCAUCAAGAAGAAAGGCUGGAGACGGUCCAGCCUCGUCAUUACCACCAAGAUCUUCUGGGGUGGAAAAGCAGAGACGGAAAGGGGCCUUUCCCGGAAACAUAUCAUAGAAGGUCUGAAGGCUUCCCUGGAGCGACUACAGUUGGAAUAUGUGGACGUGGUGUUUGCCAACCGCCCUGACCCCAACACACCGAUGGAAGAGACCGUACGAGCCAUGACGCACGUCAUCAACCAGGGGAUGGCCAUGUACUGGGGCACGUCACGCUGGAGCUCCAUGGAGAUCAUGGAGGCCUACUCGGUGGCCCGGCAGUUCAACCUGAUCCCGCCCAUCUGCGAGCAGGCUGAGUACCACAUGUUCCAGCGCGAGAAGGUGGAGGUGCAGCUGCCCGAGCUGUUCCACAAGAUAGGAGUGGGCGCCAUGACCUGGUCCCCUCUGGCCUGUGGCAUCGUUUCCGGGAAGUAUGACAGUGGCAUCCCACCCUACUCGAGAGCUUCCCUGAAGGGCUACCAGUGGCUGAAGGACAAGAUCCUGAGUGAGGAGGGCCGGCGCCAGCAGGCCAAGCUGAAGGAGCUGCAGGCUAUCGCCGAGCGCCUGGGCUGCACCCUCCCCCAGCUGGCCAUAGCCUGGUGCUUGCGGAAUGAGGGCGUCAGCUCUGUGCUCCUGGGCGCCUCCAAUGCAGAGCAGCUCAUGGAGAAUGUCGGAGCGAUCCAGGUCCUUCCAAAACUGUCAUCUUCCAUUAUCCACGAGAUCGAUAGUAUUUUGGGCAAUAAACCCUACAGCAAAAAGGACUACAGAUCCUAAGACGCCCCUGCCCGCCUGCUCAGACAAUCUCCGACCCCUCCUAGUCUUGUUUGCUCGCUUAUGCUGUUCUGAAGCCAACUGGAGAGUGUGGCUCGCAUCAAAGAGAAAACACCACGCUGUGAUAUCAUCAGGAAAUGACCUCCCAUGUCCACGCCAGACACCACCCGCUGCUUCUCCAGACCACAUCAAAGUCGGAUUUGUGCCCGAGACAGCAUUGGUUAGGAAGGACGUUCAAGCAGCCCCACCCCAAGCCCUGUCGCCUCUGCUCGUCCUCCAAGAAAAAGCCACCAAGCUUUCUCCCAGCCACAGCCCUUCAUGGAGAUUCCCCAAGUCAAGGCCAGGCCAAGGCCUAGUUCCAUCUUUAGGGCAGGCAGGGUUGGCCUCUCCUCUGCCAAGAACUCCUGCCUGGUAUUGGUGGAGGGGAAGAGGGUCUGGCCCUCCAGGGGCCUCCUCUGCCAGGGCUCUGCUCAUUGGAGUGAGGUUUCCCCUUAACCUCCCUCUUUCCAAGGGCUCCAGGUACUUUCUGGGGGGCUGACCCCCUCGAGAUUCCUCCCCAUCCUUCUCUGCUCUGACCUGCCCAUUGGGCCUCGGCAGGGUAACGCCUACCCAGCUGGCCCUUGACACCCCCACCCUGUUGGCAGGGGCAGGGACUCCCAAAGGAGUGGCUCUGUGGUUUGGGGCUGAAGAUCAGGGCUCUGAAGGCCAGUUCACUCUCCUACAGUCCUCCCCACUGCAUAGCACAAGGCGCCCAUCUCAGCAAGGCCUAGAGCACUCAGGACAGACCCAGAGAAGUGGGGCCCUCUGUCCUUGCCUUGGAAGUCCCUAUGGCUGUACAUUCUGAGCUGGACCAUGGCUGCUGACCACGCACAGGCAAGUGGCAGCAGGCAGGGUCCCUGUGCACAGGGACACAUUCCUCUUGGUUUACCUCUGUGAACCAAAGCCCUGCCCCAAGCCACCCCCACCCAGGCCUCUGUUGUGCAGAGAGAUGCUUAGACCCCUCCAGUAAAGGAAGGCCCCUGGGGUUCUCGGAGCUGCAUGUGCAGGGGAGGCUGGGGUUGGUACCCCUAGCAGCACCCUGUAGUGUAGGAAAAGAACUCAGGGAACCUCUCCCUGGAGAGACUGGGGUUGGCCAUUCCCUUCCACGCCCCCCAAGCCCCCACCCAGAAUAGGCUAGGGAGAAGGAGGGAGGGCAGGACAGGCCCAAGUGUCAGGCCCUUUGCAACUCCAGGCAGGGGGAACGAGGACACAGUAAGCCUGUAGUAGGCAGGGGCAGGGCAUCACAGAACCUGCCCCACCCCACUGCCUGCUGCCCCCACAUGUCCCUCUAGAGCAGGCAUAGCUUCUCCUGCCUUGCCUGCAGAGGGGCUGCUGUUCUAAGCAGGCCCCUCCCUGCCCAGUACUGGCCAAGACAAGGCCUGGGAAACCACUGUGAGAAAGCCUCGCACACGGAGAGGCUGGAAGGGGGCAUCUUCCUGCUGACCCCUGAGUCUAGACCUUUGCCCUCCUCCUAGACCAAACCCCCAGGGGUCCUCACCAAGACCUGCCACAAGCUUCUCCAGAGUAGCCCUGGGGGGUGGGGAGGAACAGUGCCUCCCCAGCACAGGUCUGGGCCUGUGGCACAACCAUGAGGUACCUGCUCCCAGGACAGCCCUGCAGGGGCAGGUGCUGCCAGAAGACCAGAUGGCCCCUCGCCAGCAGGGCCUCAUCCACAUAGCUGCCCCUGGCCCCUCUCACUAUUGGAAGAUGGACCCAGAGUGUGUGGGUGCCUGGGAGGCAAGAGCCCCAGGGUGACCUCUGCCCAGGCCCACGUGUCCAGAGCCAGGGUACAGGCAGCCUCCUGCCCGGCACUGCCCACAAACAGGUUCUGGGGUGCCCUAUUUCUUCCACAUCCACUAACAGGGAGGGCAGGAGCUCUGCUUCCUGGGGGCGGGUCCCCUGGCUCAGGAGGGGUUGGGGUAGGGAGAAGUGUCGAGGGGGACCAUAGGAGGAGGACCACAGUAGUCAGAGCCCAGGAGGGUGGCACUGGCCCUGGCUGGGCCCACUUUUUCCUGCCCCAACCUGUGGUCGGACCCCAGGUCCCGACGGGGCUUUCCUCCCAUCUCCCACCCUCGUCCAGUCAUGUCAAUGAUGUGCUUCUCUUGCCCCUUUUUAAAAAUGACUGUGGUUCCUCAGCUGAUCGCAUUCCCUACGUAGGCAGAGACUGCCACCUGCCUCGAGCUUCCAAAGGACACUCAGACCGAGAUAUACCACCUUAACUAUGGAAUGACGAAAUAAAGCCCAAGCCCU